UAAAGAAUAUUGAUUUUCUAUCAACUUCACAAGUUUUUCGACCUCUUCAAUUUCCUGGUUCUAUCAGCUGAUCCUGACACUUCCUUACACUAUUUUACUAAAUUUUAAACUUAAAGUGCUUGUGUGCUUAGUUUCUCUAUUACACAAUACAGUCAAAACCAACACACCCUUUCCAUUACAAUUUUCCCGAAGUUAACUCAAGAGAACAAUAACAAAAAAUCAAUGAUGCGUAUUUCCGUUUGUUAUUGAGGUCGUUCCGUUUGAUCAAAAUUGAUCGGUUCAGAAAUGAAAUUCUACGGAUAUAUUUUGAAGAGUGAAAUUUAUCAGAUAUUGUAUGUCCAGGAUGUGUAAUUUUUCUCGGUACGAAGACUUUUUGGUCACGAUUACUAGGGCUUUCGAUCCGAAAUUUUUAUUUCUCACCGUCAUCCCCUUGGUGGCGGGAUUAAGUACUCGGCUGUAUUCCAGACUGUUGCUGAGUGUAUUACUUACAGAAUAUUUCAACACUCUGUUGAAAUGGAUACUUGCCGAGGAUCGCCCUUUUUGGUGGGUACACGAAACCAAGGAGUUCACCUCACUGAAUCGUCCAACACUAUAUCAGAAUGAGUACACGUGCGAACCAAGUCCGGGAAAUCCGUCCGGUCAUCUAAUGACCUCGACUACCUACCUGUAUGUGAUAUUUUCCGUGCUGGAGGAAGCAGGACUAAAAUAUGGGCGAUCCGUUGUGAUUGGUCUGCGUGUCUGCUAUUACAUGAUGCUUCUGUUUAUAUCAAUUUCGCGGAUGUACUUUGGGUGUCACUUCCUCCAUCAAUGCAUCUUCGGGAUUCUACUGGGUGUGGCACUGACAAAGUUAACGAUGUCGCUCAGUUUCGAGAAACAUUUGACCAAAUUGUCCAGAAAGCGUCGCAUAGCAUACUGCUGUCUCAUUUGUUUCGUAUUGUUGGGAGUCUAUUGGGGACAGAAAUUGAUAGGAACCGACCCACAGUGGUCAGUGAAAAUGGCCUUCAAAUGGUGUGACGAUCCAUUUUAUUUGAAUCCCAGCACCACGCUAGUCUUCAGUAUUGUUCGCCUUACUGGUUCUUUAGUUGCUUUUGCAAUUGUUGGACCUGUUUUGAAAUCUGCUCCACUGAAUUGGAAGCGAAGCAUUCCGUUAACGCUAAUUAUGAUAACGGCCAAGUGGAUAGCAGUGAAUUAUACCCCACGUUAUCAUGGAGUUAUUGUAUACUAUCUAUACACGUUUCUAACACAUCUACUUUUCACCUAUGGCUACAUGCGACUGGUGCCAGCGACUGCCUCCACUACCGUGGAUUCUAGAGUACAACGCAACAGUAGACCCAAGAUUAACUAAACAAACAAUAACUAUUGUUCAGAAUUGCGCAAACAAUGUCUCAAUAUUAUCGGAAAUCUGGUUGAUUAUCGCUUUUGGUAUAGCACAUAUCACGCGCAAUUUCAGCUCAGCUGAUUCUAUUAUCGCAGAUAAUAAAACUAUUUCUCGAAUAGCCUCUUUGUAUGGUAAUGGAAUAAAAUCGAACUAAUUUCUACUUAAA